CCUUCCCUUUUAUUUCUUUCCCUAACCAAGCGAUGGCUUCUAAGCAUUUCUCUUUCAUAGGAAUAUCCUUCUUCAUCCUUUUUCCUCUAAUUAGCUUACCAUCACAUGCAGAUAAUACCCUUCCAUUCCCUUUCGGCCUGACCCCUCCUGUUUCCCCUGAAAACGUUUGCAAGUUUACUCAAUUUCCUUCUUUUUGCAAAUCUGUGCUCCCUAAUCACAACGACAAUGUCUAUGGCUUCGGAAGGUUUUCUUUCCAACGCUCAGUUUCUCAAUCCCAGAUAUUUUUCGAUUUAAUUGACAAACUUCUUAAAAGUAACCCCAAUUUUUCAAAACCCGCAAUCCGUGCUCUUCAGGAUUGCCACUAUCUUGCCUCACUGAACCAAGAUUUCUUAUCAACCUGCUCCCAAACAGUCAAAAGGACUAGUAAAAUCCUCGCUAGGACAGAAGCUGAGAACGUCCAAACCAAGCUCAGUGCCAUCUUGACCAACCUCCAAACAUGUGUGGAGAGCCUAGACUCCACAAAUUCUGCCGGGACUAUCAAGAAUGAUAUUUUGAAUUCCCUUUUGAAUGAUACUAAAUUUCAAAGUAUCUCUCUUGAUCUAUUUAAAAAGGGCUGGGUGCCUAAGCAGAGAGGUCGCGGAAAAUCACGGCAGCCCCCCAAGAUCGAUCCUACAUCAAGAAAUGGACGCAUGGCCUUGGGCGUAUCAAGCCAAAACCAUGCUAUUUUUGAGGCCAUCUUGAGACGAAGUAAACGUGUUGUUCGUGCUGCCGGAAAUGGAGAUUCUGUGUUGAUCAAAGACAUUGUCACUGUAAGUAAGGAAGGAUGGGGAAACUUCACUACCAUCAAUGAAGCCAUCGCUGCUGCUCCAAGCAUCUCGGAUGCUUCUGAUGGGUACUUCUUUAUCUAUGUUGCUGCCGGUAUAUAUGAAGAGUAUGUUUCCAUUGCAAGGAACCAGAACUACUUGUUCAUCCUUGGAGAUGGUAUUGGUCAGACAAUCAUUACAGGAAAUCGAAGCGUAGGAGAUGGGUGGACUACUUUCAACUCUGCAACAUUUGCUGUGGUGGGAGAAGGGUUUCUUGGUGUAGACAUAACUUUCCGCAAUACGGCCGGACCAAGCAAAGGGCAAGCAGUAGCCCUGAGAAAUGGAGCAGAUUUAUCAACAUUUUAUAGCUGCAGCUUUGAAGGCUAUCAAGACACCUUAUAUCCUCAUUCUCUAAGACAAUUCUAUCGAGAAUGCGAUAUCUACGGCACAAUCGAUUUCAUAUUCGGAAACGGCGCUGUAGUCUUCCAAAACUGCAACAUAUUUCCCAGAUUACCAAUCAAGGGGCAAUUUGAUCCCAUAACUGCUCAAGGUCGAACCGACCCGAAUCAGAAUACGGGCUUUUCCUUUCAAAACUGCACCAUAAGAGCUGCAGAAGACUUGGGUGCUACAAAGACAUAUCUAGGAAGGCCAUGGAAGGAGUACGCCAGGACUGUCUUCAUGCAAUCUUUCAUGGAUAAAUUAAUAGAUCUUGCUGGUUGGAGUGUAUGGAAUGGAGAUUUUGCUCUUAGCACAUUAUAUUAUGCUGAGUAUGAUAACACUGGCCCUGGAUCGGAUACAACAAUGAGGGUCGCAUGGCCUGGUUACCAUGUGAUCGAUGCUACUGAUGCUGAUGAUUUUACUGUCUCCAAUUUCUUGCUGGGGGAUAAUUGGUUACAUAAAACUGGAGUACCUUAUAUUGGUGGGUUGAUAUAAUUGAGCAGUUUAUGUUUGCAAUAUUUAUAUAAUUAAACGAUUUAAUUGUUUUUGUUUAAGUGCGUAAUAAGCAUUUGUUUUAUUGCAUUGUUGGUGUAUACAUAAC